GAUUGUCUUUCAUAGCUUUUUCAUACCAUUUGAAUUCUUGAAAAGCUUUCGGUCUCCUUCACCUCUCGUUUUCAGUAGUGCUUGUUUCGUGUCAAACGACUUAAAAAUGCGUUACGUGGCUGCUUACCUUUUGGCCUCUUAUGGCGGAAAAUUUAAUCCAACUACUUCAGAUUUGGAAAAGAUAUUGAGCUCUGUUGGUAUUGAAUGCGACCUAGCUAAGGUCAAAAAAGUUAUUGACGAGCUAAAUGGAAAGUCCAUUGAUGAAGUUAUUGCACAAGGACAGGGUAAACUUGCUAGUGUACCUUCUGGUGGUGCUGUUGCUGCUCCCACAGCUGCCUCCGGUGGUGCUGCAGCCCCAGCUGCUGAAGAAAAGAAAGAAGAGAAAAAGAAGGAAGAACCUGCAGAAUCAGAGUCUGAUGAUGACAUGGGCUUUGGUCUCUUCGACUAAGCUUAAGAACGCUGAAUUUAGUUUAUCUUUUCAACCUGAAAUUGAGCUUUCAAUCUGAACGAUGACAUUCAAAGCAAUCAAAAAACGCAACGAAGGAAUUCGGAUAUACACUAAUAAGAGUACUGAAUUCUUAGCUCCUACUUCCUCAAAGGCGUCAAA